GUUCGGAUUUAAUUUUUAAAUAAUUUUUUUUUAUUUAUUUAGAAAUUAGGCACGAAUUUACUAAAAUGAUCCUCUAAGAAAAGUCUACCGCUAUGUGUUUUCAUUCUUAAAAUUGCAAAUCAUAGAGGAAAGUACGUGAUUUUUAAUUCCAGAUGGAUAAUGCUUGGGAAGAAAGAAACCACCGAUUGUUUUUUUUAUAAAACUCGAAACCGAAUUAAUUUCUGAGCAAAAAGGACUUUGGAAAAGGUCUCUUCAUCUUCUUCUUCUACCUGCGAUUUAACACGAAGACUUGCUCCUCACGACUCUGUUUUACAUUUCUCCAAACUUAAGAUAACUGAAGAGAGGAUCAGAACAUUUUGGAAUUUGCAGACAAUGGAGGCUUGGUUUCUGAUCAUUGUAACAGCAUGCAUUGCAGCUCUGCUUAAAGCUUUGGUUUCCUCGGUUUUGUCCAAAUCUAAACCAAAAAUUCCUCCGGGACCUCGUGGUUUUCCCAUCAUAAGCCGCUUCCAAUGGCUCGGGAUAUCAACCACAGAUUUAGAAGCAGCCCUCAGAAAACUCUGCACCAAGUUUGGGCCUAUCGUCUCCUUACCCAUUGCUCGAUCUCCAUUCAUCUUUGUUUCCAGCCGUGCUUUGGCUUACCAGGCCUUGGUUCAUGACGGGGCUGUAUUUGCUGAACGUCCUAAACCACUCCCUACUGCUGAGAUUAUCACCAGUAACCAGCACAACAUCAGUUCAGCAAGUUAUGGGCCUAAUUGGCGACUCUUCAGGCGCAAUCUGACAGCACAAAUCCUGCAUCCUUCUAAGGCCAAGGAAUUCUCCCAUGCUCGGACUUGGGCUCUUGAAAUCCUCCUUAAUCAUCUAAGGGUUUCCAGUGGCCAAGAUCAUGCUGAUGCUGUCAAGGUGAUGGAUCAUUUUCGUUUUUCCAUGUUCUGCUUGCUUGUGUUUAUGUGUUUUGGGGAUAAGUUGGAUGAAUCCCAGAUUAAAGAGAUUGAAGCAAUUCAGCACAGGCAACUCACUUCCUUCAGAUACUUUGCAAUACUCAAUUUGUGGCCUUCGUUGACUCGGAUUUUGCUUCGCAGUCGUUGGAAUGAGCUGUUCGACAUGAGGAAGAAACAGAUUGAGGUGUUGAUUCCUAAGAUUAGAGCAAGGAAGCAGCUACAAGACGAGGCCAAAAUCCCUGAUAAUCAGAACAACACCAACAGGUUGGUCACAUGUUAUGCUGAUAGCUUGUUGGCAAUGGAAAUCCCAGAUGGUGACAGCAAGAGAAAGCUAACUGACGAGCAACUUGUGAGUUUUUGUUCUGAAUUCCUCAACGCAGGAACUGAUACCACCACAACAGCAUUGCAGUGGAUUAUGGCCAACCUUGUCAAGUACCCGGAAAUUCAGGCUAAGCUUUUCGAGGAAAUUAAAGGAGUUGUUAUUGGUGGAGAAGACGCUGCAGAAGUUGGAGAACAUGAAGUUUCAAAGAUGCCUUAUCUUAAGGCUAUAGUAUUAGAGGGACUGAGACGGCAUCCUCCAGGUCACUUUGUUCUGCCACACACUGUUACCCAAGACGCAGAGUUAGGUGGGUACACAGUACCCAAACACUCGGUCAUAAAUUUCAUGGUUGCUGAUAUUAAUAUGGAUCCUGAGGUGUGGGAGGAUCCAAUGCAAUUCAAGCCUGAGAGAUUCCUAUCAGCAGAAGGGAAGUACGAAGAAUUUGAUAUUACAGGAAGCCGUGAAAUAAAGAUGAUGACUUUUGGUGCAGGCAGGCGGAUUUGUCCAGGAUUAGGGUUGGCUAUGCUUCAUCUAGAAUAUUAUGUGGCCAAUCUGGUUUUGAACUUUGAAUGGAAUGCUGUGGAUGGGGAUGAGGUAGAUUUAUCUGAGAAGCAAGAAUUCACUACAGUCAUGAAGUAUCCACUCCAAGUCCAUAUUUCUCCAAGGCAAAGUGUCCAAUGUCAUCAAUUUGUCUGAGCUUGUUGAAUAGAAACUUCUGAUUAAUGCCAAAAUGCGUAUCAUUGAUGGUACAAAGGUAAACUCCUGCUUCUUUGAAAGUGCACCUUCUGGUACUCCAGCUGCUGCUGCUGCUGUUCCAACGACUCUUUCGAUUUCUUCGAAAGGCUUAGCUUGUAUGUUGAGGUGCCUCAGAAGGUUUGCCAUUAUCCAUUGCACUUAACAAGGCUGUCGACGUUGUGUCAGUUCCUGCAUUAAGGAAUUCAAAACAAACACACACUAAGCCUUCUUCAGUUAGCUUUUUUGUUCCUUCUGCAGUGCUGUCAUUUUUACAUUGUAUUUCAGGUGUCAGAAAUGUAUCCAAAUAACAAGGGCUUGACGUAGUGUUUUGUUCAAUAAUUUAAGAAUUUUUUUUUUAUCUAUUUCAAGAUGGUAAAUACUUGCACAUACAAUGAUACAAUCAUCAGUUUGCCACCAUUACUUUUUAGUGGCUAAACAUGAACACAUCUAUUAAUAAUGGGAAGUAUUAUGAACA